UUUUAUUGAUCUAAAAAAAUCUCUCACACCUCUUUAUAUAGAAGAUUAAGAACUUGGAUAACGAUUGUCUCCUAGUUCUUUUUCUCUUACACCAUUCACAUUAAUUCUUCAAUUUAAUAUUACAUUACAAGUUUUUGAAGCUUAUAGACAGCAUCCAUAUGGAUCACCACCAAGCAACAAUAUCAUUUUUUUCAUUCUUACUAACACUUCAUCUAUCAUUUUCAGGGGUAAUUUCGACAACAUUCACGCUAGUUAACAAAUGUGACUACACAGUGUGGCCAGGAAUUCUUUCAAAUGCAGGGGUCCCACCACUUCCAACCACCGGCUUCAUUCUCCAAACCGGCGACUCCACCACCGUCGCCGCACCCACCUCAUGGGGUGGCCGAUUCUGGGGCCGAACCCUCUGUUCCCAAGACUCCACAGGAAAAUUCUCCUGCCUCACCGGCGAUUGUGGAUCCGGCAAAGUCGAAUGCGCCGGUAACGGAGCCGCGCCGCCAGCAACCUUAGCUGAGUUCACUCUAGACGGCUCAGGAGGUCUUGACUUCUAUGACGUUAGUCUCGUCGACGGCUACAACGUGCCUAUGUUAGUGGUCCCUCAAGGUGGCUCCGGCGAUAACUGCACCACCACGGGAUGCAUCGGAGAUCUAAACGGCGCGUGUCCUUCGGAGCUUAGAGUUAUGAGCGUGGAUGGGAAAGAGAGUGUCGCGUGUAAGAGUGCGUGCGAAGCUUUUAAUUCGCCGGAGUAUUGUUGCAGCGGCGCGUAUGGGACACCCGACAGUUGCAAACCUUCUAGUUACUCGGAGUUGUUUAAGAAUGCUUGCCCACGCGCGUAUAGCUACGCGUAUGAUGAUAAAACGAGCACAUUCACUUGUGCGAAUGCAGGAGAUUAUAGUAUCACUUUUUGUCCUUCUCCUACCACAAGCCAGAAGGCAACACAAGGGCAAGACACAAAACAGAACAAUUAUAAUUCUAACUCUGCCUCACCGCAGCAUAACGACAGCACAAUGGUGUAUGAAGGUGGUUUUGAUCAAAGUGAAAUUUCACAUGCCACAUGCACCCAUGUGCUCCAAUCACAAACUAUUGCAGCCAUUAUUAGUGUCACUGUGGCUAUUUGGCGGUUAUGCCAACUCUUGUGAGGAUAUUUUCUAGUGUUUGGCCCAUAACUAUCCAAUAUGAGCCCAAAAAGGAUUAAUGUGGGACCCUCUUUAAAAUUUGACUUAUUUGCUUGAUUAGCAUGAACCAUGUGACUUAAGUAUGGCCCAUUUGGCCUUAAUGACUAGGACAUGACUCAUUUCAAGGGCAUGCAUGCUUGCUUACCAACCGUUUCAACUUUCAUGCCGAUGACCCUACAACCCUUGACAUUUUGUCCUAAAUAUCCUGAGUUUCGGAUACUUGUGGUGGCGUUUCUAUUACAUAUAUUUAAUUUAUGUUAUACCUAACCAACCACAUAUAUUUAUUUAUAUACAUAGGCUAUAGCAAUGUAGAUGACAACUUAGUUAGGGAUAUUUGAGUCUUCUUCUCCACUUUUGAAAUUUAUUCUAGUUAUAAUAUUUUUUAGUCUGUUAUUGAUCACUAGGAAUACUAUUAUUUCAAUUCUUUGUAUCGUGAUAAAUUUCAUUCAUUUAUUGGUUGGAUAAUGUUUUUUAUGUAAUAUUUGGCUACAAUAAGGAAAUGGAAAUUCGUGUAUACUAUGGUGUUCAAUAUAUAUAUAUAUUAUCUGCAA